CUACUUUUCAAAAUGGCUCCCUUGGCUAUCCUUAUUCAGCACUGACCUUGGAUAACAGCAUAAUUAUGAGUGUUAAAGUGAUAUUUCUUUCGAAAUUCGCUUGUUCAAGGUCUAGGCCAGAGCAAGACAGGAUUAGAAUCUUCAAUCUACACUGACGGUGCAAGCAGCAAUAUAAACUGAUAAAGACAAAGAUCUAGAGUCUAGACUCUAGACUAGAUCUAAAUAAUCUAAUUUACUCUACUAUCUCUAGAUUCUUAGAUUUUAUAGAUCUGGAUAAUCAUAAUAUCUAGUCUAACUGUAGCGUAGCUCCUAGAAUCUAGAUCUGUCUGAAGAGUAGAGAAGUUUUAAUCUUAAUAGUUUCAAAUUUGAGAAAAUACCGGAUGGGGGGAUACCCCUCUUAUUCACAAAGGUACUUCUUAGCAGAACAUUUCUAAGGGAAAUGAAUGCCAAGGAAGUGACCUCUGGCUAUUUAGCCACUUCAGAUUGUGAUUUCAACAAUGGAUGAAUUCCACCCAUUUAUUGAGGCCCUCUUGCCUCAUGUCAAGUCUUUCUCUUAUACUUGGUUUAAUCUUCAAGCUUCUAAACGGAAGUAUUUUAAGAAACAUGAAAAAAGGAUGUCUAUGGAAGAAGAAAGGAGAGUCAAGGAAGAGCUACAGAAUGAAAAAGCUGAUGUAAAACAAAAGUGGGCAUCACGACUCUUAGCUAAGUUGAGGAAGGAUAUUACUCAGGAAUGUCGUGAGGAUUUUGUUCUUAGUAUUACACGAAAGCGAUCACCCAUUUGUGUACUCAGUAAUCCAGACCAAAAAGGCAAAAUGAGACGCAUAGAUUGUCUGCGGCAGGCAGAUAAGGUCUGGCGCCUAGAUCUCGUUAUGGUCAUUCUUUUUAAAGCCAUCCCAUUGGAGUCUACGGAUGGAGAAAGAUUGGAAAAAUCACCAGAGUGUCUCCAUCCUAAUCUUUGUGUCAAUCCUCACCAUAUAAGUGUUUCAGUUAGAGAAUUGGAUCUUUACCUGGCUAAUUUUAUUCACAGUUAUGUGCCUGAUUUGAGAGGUGACUACAUUGAUUUGUCUAUGAAUGGGGAUCCUGAUAUGAAAGUCCCAGGCAAUAUCCACUCAGGGGUCUCUGGCAAUGACAGCAUUAUGGCAACUGGAGUAUUUUCUGCAUCUGAGUUGCUGCGUGUGACAAGAUCAUCAAUAAUGGUUACACCAAAUGGAACACAUACACUCCUGUCUCAAGGCAGGUUGGAUUCUCCAAGUUACUAUAACUACAGUCCUCAGGAGCAGCAUGGAUCAUUGGUCCAAAUGCAUCCUGUGACAUUGGCCAAUGGUCAGUCUUCGCUCAGUCCCGCAGGUGACUCAUAUAGUCAUCCACACAAGAAAUUGAAACGAAAUCAUAUAAACUCUAUGUCUUCGGUAGAGGAUGAUGUUGAGAGUGUAGAGGGGGAAGAAAACCUUAGUGGCUACUACUCUAAAGGAGUACUUGCUCACCAGUCAUGGCAAAGUGACCAUAUGGACUCUGGGCUAAACCAGGGUCAAUCAAUGCACUCUCCACACAUGAUAUUACCUGUCAAACCCAAGCAAGAACCAGGUUUUGCUCCAGUGUCCCCAUCUAGUGGCCUGGGUGGGCAACAUUCACGGCAGCUUGCUCCCACACCCCCACGCCCAAUGAGCACACACACACCAAGCAUGAUGUCUGUAGGCCCUUCACAUUCUCAGCAGCAUAACUCACCAGGCCCAGGCUUGAAUCAUGUGAUGAUAAUGGGUGCUCAACAGGGGAUUAAGUAUGAGGGUCAACAGAACAACGACACAUUUUCAGAUUUUGUUACUCUUGUCUGUCAAGAGGCACAAAAUUCUCAAAAUCAUUCAGGACAAAAUUCACCUAUACGAAGUCCCAGCCGUUUAACUCAGUUUUUCUCUCCUGGCAUGCUUCCACCCCCUCCCCCUCCACCUCCAAACCUGGCCAGGCCAGUAGCUAUACUUCAGACCUCAGAUGGGCAUACAGUGCUCAAUAGCCAGUCUUCGGCAGGGAGCAAUUCGGUCAACCACCAUGUGUCCCAGGGAGGCGUAUCAAGCUCACCGACAACACCUCCUGUGAGUCGAACCAUCAUGUCUAGUCCCUUUAACUUGCUGUCUCGAUCUGAGCAUGCCUUCACUCACAUACACCCUCAGGCCUUUACAUACCCUAGUAUUAGUCCAGUAAAUGCAAUCAGUGGAGUGAUCAGCCCAACAACAUUGAGCUUGAUAUCUUCCCCUAUGGCUACUCCUCGUACCACACCCAGAUCUACCCCCAUACCAAAGUGGAGCUCAAGUUUUAUAACCAUGGAUGAGAACAUGGACUACUCUAUGCUGGCCAACAUAAUGCCAACAGUGAACACAGACGAAGCUCUACUGGGUGAAGGUAACUGGAUACUUAAGGAUCGAUACUUCUCAGCUGUUCAUUCCAAUGAAAGUUUGGAUUCUUCAAAUGGGGCUUCUUCUCAGGGCCCCCCGUCACAGCAGCAUUCACAACAAACCAUGUCCCAGCAACAGCAAGUGAACUCAGGCCUGCAUCAUCAACAGCAGUCACAGCUGCAGCAGCCUCAAACACCCCAGCAACCGAUGACACCGUCUGGAUCAGAUGGUUCACCAAAGCAGGUUUAGCAAUGCACUUGAAUAAAGCUGAGUGAAAUGAACAAGGAUGUAGAGUUUCAAAGAGAACAAAAUGUCAGGAGCACUUAAUACUUCAUUUAGUGGCCUCUGUACAAAGUUUUAGUUUUUGUUGUUUUUUUUAGAAGAUUAAUACUUCAUUUUCACACACAUUUCUAAAUCAUACUUUUUUUUUUUUUUUUUUUUUUUUUUUUUUUUUUUGAACAUAUUUUGAAAUCACUAUUUGUGAAACUCUUGUUCAGUGUGUUAUUAAUUGCCCUACACACAAUCUUCAUGGCACUUGUUUAUUCUGAAAAUCUUCCAUUCUAAAUUAUUUACAUUUCUUUCCACUUAAUUUUUUUAAUCAUGGUGUGAUUUUUCUAUCCAAUAUCUAAAUGCUCUGCUUUAAUGAAGCUAUUCAGCAUCUAGCAAAAGAUUUUGUACAAAUGUUCAUUACUAUUGGCUGUGUGUUAAAAAUGUACAAGUUCAGUUAUGAAAAGUAAGCCUAUUAUUUAAAAUCCUAUCUUAAAAUUCCCUUUUCGUUCUUUGACACCUGGUCACUUGUACCAUUUAGGCCAAUCUACCUCUUCAGGGGAGCUGAUUCAGCUGACCCGAACUAUUGUGACUUUGUGAUUGCUGUUAAAACUGUUGAUUUGAUCUGAUCUAACCACUGAUGAUAUUCAUUCUUACUGUCAACAGUAAAAACAACCUCCCACUGUGAUUUCAGCUAGACAACCCACAGAAAAAGUAAGUGGGGUUAGAGAGAACAAACUUGCAUUGAUCUCUUGUUGCUGCUCAUGUAAUAGAGCACGCCUGUCAUGCGAGUCAAGUUUAACAUUGUUCCUUGCAGGCUAUUUGCUAAAUUAUUUAAUCUUAUGUUGGUUUUUUUAAGAGACUCUACAUCUGUUGAAUGAUACUAUUUUUUUUUUGUAUAUUGACAUUGAUAGAUUUUAUAUUACCUGAAGGGAUGAACUGGAGUUUAAUUAUUUUCCAUUCUAAUUACAAUAUAUACUGCUUCACUAGCUGAAUGCAAUUAUUUAUCUUCAUUUUUUCUUUUGAGAUAGCUAGCUCUACUUAAGUUACUCUAGCAAGAAAACUAAACUAAAAUGUCAUGCAAAUAUUCAGAUGCCUUAUUAUGUUGUUACUGUAGUUUGUAAAUGGGAAAUUUAUUGUUGACUUUUUUUCUACUGCUGUGUUUUUUUUUAUUUUGAAUUUAUUUAUUUGUACUAGAAGCCUUGAAUUUUGAAUUUGUCAUGUAAGAACUUGUGACAAGUUUUCCUUCACCAAACUAACAAGUUUCUAAUAACUAAACUUUGUGACAAUACCAUUUCUGCUUAGAGGACUACUAUUUAUUGUCUUUAUUAUAAAAUCUUGUCAGACCAAAUCUGUAUUGAUGUUAGCAUAUUGCUAAUGUAAAAAAAAGUCAGUUUUAGAUAAUAAGAAUGUUGUUUCUACAUUUAUUUCAAUUUGGACUAUGAUCAAGAAUAUACAUUCAUCAGGCUGAAAACUAAUUGAGGCUUAGAAUUGUAAGUUCAUCAUUGAGUCUGCAAUUUUCAUUUACUUUACUUGAUAGAUAUUUGCUACUGUGACUCAAUGAGCUGCUAACAAAUUGUAUUUUUAUGCUAGUUUGAAUGUCUAUAGAUCAGUAUAAAGUGAACAAAAUGUACUCUAACCUUUGACUCUUGCCCUAAGCAACAAAAGGAAUUGUCAAGCAGUGAUCUAAAUAUAGAGAGCAUCUACAUGUUACUUUAUAUGUAGAACUGAUGUCUUUCAUUCUGUUUUAUUUUGUCAUUGCUUGAUUCAACUUUUUGUUAAUAACUCUGUCAUCCACUGUAUAUUUGAUGCAUCACACCCCACCUUUGAUCUUACAUAACACUAAACUAGCAUGCUUGUUAUGUUCUCCCAACCAUAGCUGUUCCAUUAAGUCAGGUUAUUCAAGCAAUGGCUGAAUUCCAUUUGUUUUCAAACCUAUUGAUAGAUUUUCAUUUUAUUUAUUCCAAUGUAGUGUAUAUUUGAUUUGUAUUCAAUUUUUUUUCUUUACAUUUUCCCCUUAAGACAUGUGCAUUGCUCUGAAAGAAGAAAAGAUAAAGGAACUGCUGUUUUUUUUUUUUUUUUCUUGCAUGUUGUGGGUGAAAAAGUUUAGCACCUGAGAUGUGCUGAUUGGCUGUGAUAAAUUCAAAAAACAAAAACACUUCAUUAUUAAAUUCUUUGUUUGGGACAGGACUUAUUUAUUCUUAUUUUAUGGCCUUCAUCUAGAGUGUUUAUUUUUUCAAACUGCUCUGUACCUUUUUCUUGCUGUUUAAUGUUUUCAAGUAAAAAAAAUGUCAACUUAAGCAUCAUGAAUUAGGUUGUAACAUUGUGUUUAUGCUACUAGCCACAUCCUUCAUUCAAUCCAAUGCUUGCUUGCAACAUCAUUUAUUCUCUAGUUAUUGUCGAUGUAGGGAGACUAGUUCUCUUAUCUAGAGGUAGCUGAUUUUUACUCUCCAGUAAUGUUUGCAUUUGUCCAGAGUAUUGUCGUAAAUUACUAACUAGUUAUUUAACACUCUCAAAAUGAUUUCAGUAUUCAUCGUAUACAGUAACACCAUUAGAUGAUUUGAUUGUAUACUUUCACCUUCCUUUAGGUUUUGAUGACUAGCAUUAACCAUUAGCCUUAUUAAAUUAUUGUGUUUCUAAGGCCUUAAAUUGUGUGUGUACAUAAAUAUUUAGUGUCUCUAUUUACAUCACUGUAGUUGUUCAUCAGUUUCUGGUUUGCUCAUUAGUUGUGUGCUUGUACUCUAGGCCAACAUUGCCAACCAAAACUCUUCUAUUUAGGCACACAACUUUCAGAGUUUUGAUAAGGGGAAAAAAAUCAUUUUUAAACACAAAAUAUAAUUUUUAGUUAUUGUUAAUACAUUUCUGAUUAACUCCAGUGACACGUCUCUAUUUACAUCACUGUAGUUGUUCAUCAGUUUCUGGUUUGCUCAUUAGUUGUGUGCUUGUACUCUAGGCCAACAUUGCCAACCAAAACUCUUCUAUUUAGGCACACAACUUUCAGAGUUUUGAUAAGGGGAAAAAAAUCAUUUUUAAACACAAAAUUUUAAUUUUUAGUUAUUGUUAAUACAUUUCUGAUUAACUCCAGUGACACGUAGAACUUUCCGAUUUUGAAAUAAUAGGGGACUAAUGUAUUAAAUAUGAAACCUCUCUCUAGACUUGUUCUUCUUAUAUCCACUUGACAUAAAAACAAGAAAUGCUUUUUUUUCCCCCCCAAGUUUGUAUUGAACUCUUCUAUUUAUUUGAUACAAAAUGACAAGAAAGUGUAUCUGUGAUAAGAUGAGAAAUGUAUUUAUUUAUUCUUUGAGUUUUAACAUCGUAACUUUUUAAAACAUUAUUUAUUAGAAAAUCUUUUCUUCUGGUAGACCUAAUUGCUUGUGAUAAAGACCCCAGCUCUUGAAAGGUUAUUUCAGUCUAUUCACUGUUCAUGUAUAAUUUAGAUAAGCGUCAUGUGUUCUUCCAGUACUGUCAAAUAUUGCCAGUACUUAACAUCCCACCAACUGAUAUAAGUUUCAAUAUUUGUACAAAUAAAUCUGUACAUUAGUGGAUACUCAUUUCUUUUUUUUUUUUUCACCUUAUUUCUCUUUAUUUUUCUGUUUUUUUUUUUUUUUUAAACUGUCUUGUUAAAUUUAUGUACAAAAUAGAUAUUCUGUUAGUAACAUAGAGCAGUUGAGUGGGAAGUGUUGCAGUCCAGAAGUUCUUUCUAAAGGAUUUGUUAAAUCUUAGAUUUUUUUAUUACUUAAGUUGAACCAUGGCAUGACAAUCAGGUGCUUCAUUUUUUUGUCUAUUGAUCCAUGCAAAGUGGUAAGAAUGAAGAUUGUUUAUUGUUUUUUUUUUUGGCUAAUUCAAAUUUGAUUGUGAUGUUCUUUUUUUUCCCCUGAAAGCAAUCUAUAGAAUUUAUCUAUGCACUUGACAAAUGGCAGUUGGAAGUUUUGGUAAAAUGGCUUAAAUAAGUAGCUUGUUUUUACAACACUGUUCUUUUUCUAUUUAUUACUUUGUAUGGUACAUUUGUUUGUACUUCAGUUUUAAACUAACUUACAGUGAGCCUUGAAAUAGGGGAUCUAAUGUGUUAAUGGAUAGUUUAUGAUUAAAAAAUCAAAACACAAUUGAAAUUCCUGAUUAAAGUCUAUAUUCUGAUUGUAGAAGUUAGCAGUUAGGUUCUGAAGAAGACAUUUUUUUUUACUUUUUCAAAGAAAUCCUUUACAGUAUCUGCAAACUAGCCUUGUUAUAGCUUGAUCAAAGAUACACAUUCUUGUUCAUGGACAUAAGCUUCUUACAAAUGGAACUCUUUUUUAAUUUAUUUAUUGUUUCCUAUGUAUAACUGGCCAAAUCAAACCCUUUUCACUUAUGCAAUAUAUUUUGGCCUUAUUUAUAUCAUUGACUACUUUUGCCUGGGAGUAAAGCGACGAUCACAUAAUUUGUCUCUGGCUAUAAACAUAGUCUCUAUAGUUAGUUUAUGUAGUGGGCUAGAUGCUACUAGAUUCCAUUUUGUAGCCUUCAUUCAGUUUUAACUUUGUAUGUCUUCUCUAUUGUGCUGAGGAAAAUCUACUUUUUUUGUCUUUUUUCUAGCAUCUUGUUGGGGGAAAAAUUAAUAAAAAGUUAUUGCUAUUUCUGAACGUAAACAAUUAAUAUUUUUGGAAGUAUUUAUCUAGAAAAGACUUUGAAUUCAUUCAUUGUAUACAGUGAAUUUCAAACUUGAAUUAGGUAUUGAUCAUUCAAUAAAUCUUUAGUAGCCAAAUGUACUUAUAAAAUAUAUAUACCAACAAGUUAGAAAAUGGCAAAAUAUGUAUAUUUUUAUCAGCACAAAAUGGAUCUACUUGCCAGCACCUUAUCAGCAUUUUGUUUGUUGUUUACUGGGUUCUUUAUGUAGAUUUGUUUUUGUAAGAUGCGUUUAUUGAUUGAAUUCAUUUUGUAUAGACCUUUGAUACUGUCAUGUGACCCAGUUAUUUAUAGCAUCUACCUACCAAUUCAGAUCUUGUCAAUCAUGUAUAUAUAUUCGACACUUUUUUUUCCUGGCUGUGACGCCCCGUUUCCCUCUCCCAGCUCCUUGUAUAUAUAUAUAGGUCUGUGUUGUAAACAUUGUUGAAUUUAUUUAUUGAAGAUUUCAUUUCUGUUGCUGUCAAACUGUCUUUGACACAGGAAGCUACUCAGUUUUUUGUUUUUUAUGUCAAAAACGCAAACAGUUUCAUGACCUGCUCAAAUGUAUCCAGAAACUGUUUAGAAUGGAGGAAGGGGAUAAACUGAACUUGGCUGGAGAUAAUUUGCCAGGUGUGUAACACACAGUGGUGUUUUGCUUUUCAGCUUUGAGUUAAGAUUAGAAUCUUUAAACAGUUAAGUCCUUGACAUCUAAAGCUCAACAAGAGCCAUGCUAUUGUCUAAGCAAUGAGAUUAUCAGUUUCAUUGAUUUGUUUUGUUAUUUUGUCUUCUUAAAUGGGAGGAUUUUCUUAUAUAUUUAUAUUUAUCUUUUCUAUUAGACCAAACAGCAAGGUUAGCUCCUGCUAUCCUCAAAUUUGGUCUUUUAGAUUCCUAGCUUGAAAUUUCAUUAGGAAACACUUUGUUUUGAAUAUUAAUAAGAAUUGCCUAACCUCAUAGUGCACUGCUAUACAAUUUCAUAUAAGUAUUUAUUCCUCAAUUUAGAUUCUACUGUGUUGUCUUGAAUGUUUUCAUAUAGCAACUGUCUGUUGGAAGUAAAGUAUUAUAAAGGUCUUGAUAUUACAAAGAAGAUAUGGCUGUGAUGUAGGUUGAAUUUUUUUUUUAUCUCAUAACUAUUUAUAUAAUCUAAUUAAAUGUAUAUGUGUGUAUAUAAGUAUACAUAUAUAUUGAUUUAUUUAUUAAUGAACACUUUGAAAUGAAAGACAUUUUUUUAUGCUUUUAGCAAUUCGUAGCACCUUUGCCUUUUUCUAACGUGUAAAUUUUUAAAAUAUUUGUGAUGUAGUUAAGUAUUUUUUUUAUAAUUAGAGAUUGUUGAAUUUUUAUGAUUACUUUAGCAAUGAUCAUUUUAAUGCACCUAAUCUAAGUUGCCUUGAUUCAAUAUACAAGUAAUUUGUAGUCUGUCAUACCAAAGAUUUUUCUAAGACUUAGGUAGGUCAGCAUCUAACCGAAGUCAGUGAAACAUGAAACCUUACUGAAAUAAUGAUUUUGUGCUAGAAUUUCAAUGGCACUAGGUCAUCUAGAUUCAGGUUAAAGAGUACUUGACAUUUGACUUGACUUAGGUUGUUCUUUUUGUUUGGUCUGAUUCAAACUGCUGUGUCCUUCUUCCUCUUUCAAUACAGUAUCCCACAAAUAUAGCAUUUCAAAUUUGAUAACUAUAUUUAAAUGACAAGGAGCUUUGGUCUCACGUUAUUUUUUGAAGAGAGGCUGAUGUUCUAAAAUCAGUUGGCUGGUUUAGUGUUAGUUCACCAAUAUCUUGAUCUAUCCACUAUAGACUUUCUGAAAGAGUGGCCAAAUAUUUGUUUUGCUGUUAUGGAGCGUAAACAAGUGAUUGCAGUGCUGUGAUGGUGUUUUUAUUUUGGUUUUUUGUUUCAUAAAAUGCUAGUAAUUACAUUUUAAAAUUACUAAUUUGUAGAAUUGUUUUUUUUAAUUUACUCUUAAUUUAAAAAAAAAAAUUAUUUAUUUUGUCUUUAAAUCUAAUGUAUUGCGAUCUUCAAUGGCAAUGCCAUCGUAAAACAAUAAACAUGAGUAAAUACAAUGGCACAUCUAUUUUUGGGUUGAUCUUUGUAUAGCAAGUAAAAGAUUUUCAUUCAAUUGCUAGUAGAAGUGAAACUUAACUCUGUAGAAGUAAAAGUCAAACACUUGUACACAUUAGUUUCUAUUUGAGAUAAGAUUCUUUAGACAAAUAUCUAAGUGGAUAACAGUGUUAUCUGUAUUUAUGUAUCCCCACUAUAAAUUAACUUCCAUUUCUCCUAUCUUUAGUAAAAUCAUGCUUAACUUUAAAAAUCAAUGUGCUAGCAUGUGAAUAUCUUCUUUAAUUAGAAUCAAUGAGAUAAACCAGUUUGUUAACAGUUAAAGAUAAAGAACUUUUUUUUUAUAGGUGCUAAGUGAGCUGCUGAAAUGAUCUUUUGUUUUGUUAUGCAAUAACAUUUUUUAUUCACUUUCUCUGGUGACUACAAGCUGUAUUUGAAACUAACAUGCAGUAGUGGACCUGUACAUAGAAAUAGCUAUGUGAGACAUUCAUUGUCUGAUUAUUGACAUACCUCAAUAGGCAUAAGCAAUAACUGAGUCAUUGGAAACUUCAUGCUUUAUUUAUCUUUUGUAUAUAGACAUUUUUUUUAUGGAUACAAAAUCUUUACUUUAAAUUAGCAGCUAAUAUUAUGAUAAUACAAUGUCAUUAUCUUGGGGGAAAAUGCUCUGUUAAAACAAAAAAAGUGAACAAAUUUUCUCUUACAUACAAUUCGCAAGCAUUACAGUCAACUUUGUAGACUACAUUAUUAGUCUGAUAAAAAUGUUUUUAGAAAAAUACGAAUUUGUUUAUAAUUUUGUUCAGUGUCAAAAAGCCUUUGUUAAUUGUUUAGGUGAGAGUUUUGAGUUUAGGCACAUCGGCACAAUUUAGGCCAUGUCGUGCCCGUAAUCCUUUAAGGAUCACUCUCCCUUUACAUAACAAGGGCUAAAUUCUAUAGAGUUCAAUCAUUAAUAACAAGGUCUAUUCAGUGAAACACUAGGAAAUGUAUAAGAUCACAUCUUGGGUUCAUAGUCUCUUUGUGCUUUGUCUUCAAAUGUCUUCUAAUGACAUAGAGACUUCUAGUUGAAAACAUUCAUUUGUUAUAUUUUUGUGUUUAAAACAUUGAAGUAAUCCAUCAGUUUUGUUUUUAGUUGUAGAUGUUGCUAGACUUAGUGUUGUUUAUUGAAUUCUUGCAGUUAUUGCUCUACAGUGCUCUUUGGAAGGGCUGUUCCCUAGAGCUGCCUCUUUGUUUGUCUUCAGUUGGAUCCAUUUCAUCAGAGCUCUUCUAGACUGGCACUUUGAAGGUGAUACACACUGGCCUCUCCCCCCCCCCCCCCCCCCCCAACCUGUGUGAGAUAUUCAUGCGUUACUGUUACUUUCUGACUUUGUUUGGAAACAAUUCAUUUGCUAACUUGUAUACAUAUAUACAUAUUGUAUGAAUAUCAUUUUUUUUUAUUAUGUUUCUAUGCGACUGACUAAACAAGUUGUUCUAAUGCAAGGGAAACCACCCAUCUAAACAUUUUGAAUAAAGUAUUGCCUGUAAAACUUA